AGUUUAUCAUAAACAUGGACGCUGACAAGGUAUUGUGUCCGAUAUGCGCCAAGGAAUUCGCCGCCUCUGUCAUCGAGGCCCACGCCAGCAAGUGCCUGUUCCUGAACGAGCCUACGAAGGACGCGGGCACGGUGUUGCUCAAGGACUCCAGUCCUAUGAGCAAAAGGAACAGGCUGAAACCGGCAAGCGUGAAAAGAGUUAAUCAGCCACCAGUGAAGAGGAAGACUUCUCUGGGCCAGCUGGCGUCUCAGAGUUUCAGGGACGAGGAAGACGUUAAAGACGCCGUGGCACAGAAAAGCACGGAUAACGAAUGCAAGAGGCUACGCGGAAACGAGCGUGCACCCCUCGCGGAGCAAAUGAGACCUACGUCGCUACUGAACUUUGUAGGCCAGAAGCACAUCCUCGGACCCCGCACCAUGCUCCCUGAACUCCUGCAAAAGGGUGAAAUACCUAAUAUGAUUCUCUGGGGUCCACCUGGAUGUGGCAAAACAUCUCUGGCUAAUGUCGUAGCGCAUAUGUGCAGGAACGACGCGAGCCGUAAGCUACGGUAUGUCAAGCUCUCUGCCGCAAUGGCCGGCGUUCAGGAGGUGAAGGAAGUCAUCGGUAUCGCCGGCAACCAUGCCAAGUACGGGCAGCGCACGAUAGUGUUCAUGGACGAGAUACACAGGUUCAACAAGCUGCAACAGGACGUGUUUCUGCCGCACGUCGAGUCGGGCGCCAUCACUCUCGUCGGGGCCACAACGGAAAAUCCCUCGUUCAGCUUGAACUCCGCGUUGCUGAGUCGAUGCAGGGUGAUCGUUCUGCACAAGUUAUCCGUCGCGAAUCUACUGUCGAUCCUGAGGCGUGCGGUAAUUUCGCUGGACGGUAUUAUACAUGAGUCGAACAAAGGUGAAGACACUAUGCGGGACAUCAACGAAGAGAACACGUCGGAGGAGAGUAGAGUCGGGACGGAGCCGUCCUGUAACACCAAGUUCAUCAUAGACGAACCGACGAUAGAAUGGCUGGCUGGGACUUGCGAUGGUGACGCUCGCAUAGCGCUGGGUGGACUGGAAAUGGCGGUGCGGUGUAAAGCAUCGAACGACGAGGAAUUACAGGACAUCGGGCCGGCUAUAAUAACGCUGGACGACGUUAAGGAGAGCCUAAAGAAAACGCAUAUGCUGUACGACAAGAAGGGCGAGCAACAUUACGACAUGAUCUCCGCGUUACACAAGUCUGUCAGGGCCAGCGACGAAAAUGCCGCGCUCUACUGGUUGACCAGAAUGAUCGCCGGCGGCGAGGACCCGGUUUAUAUCGCGCGAAGAUUAGUGAGGAUGGCCAGCGAGGACAUCGGCUUAGCCGAUCCGAAAGCUCUUGGCAUAGCGGUGCACGCGAUGCACGGUUGCAAAAUGAUCGGGAUGCCGGAGUGCGAUGUUCUUCUGGCGCAAUGUACGACCUAUCUAGCGCGAGCACCGAAAUCCAGACUGAUGGAAGAUUCGCUUAGAGCCGCGCAAAGAGCAGUAGCCGAACAUAAGGGCCCGCAGCCGGGAGUACCCCUGCACCUGAGGAACGCCCCCACGAGACUCAUGAAGGAUUUGGGGUACAGUAAGGGAUACAACAUGAUGCACAAGGAUGAAUCUGGACUGAGCUAUCUGCCGGAGGGAUUGGAGAAUUUGGAUUUCUUUGGAGAUGACGGGGACGAUACCUAGAAACGCUGUGUUUUAGUUUGGAUAUAUUUUGUCAUUUCUUUCGUAACAAAGAGAUUUUUUAUUACAUUUUAUAAGUUUUAUACCAACUCUUUCAGGAAUUAAAAUUUUAAGUAUAAACAU